UGUGAUAUUGUACAAUAUAUGAAAGAAGAAGUAAUUAAAAGUUUACUUGUCAUCUCUACACACCGUAUCAUAAUCUUUAGAAUUGGAGUGGAAAGUGCUGCCUCAACUGACUGGUUGAAAUCAUAUGAGAAUCAGCCAAUCUCAGAGCUCCGCUAUAUAGAUAUAGGCUUAGGAUACCAAACAUUACGACUAGAAUUUGAGACAGAGUGUUCUAGCUAUACAUUAUUGAUUGCUGAUGAAGGAAAGUGCAAACAAUUCCUUACUCUGAUAUCAGAUAUUGUUGCCCAUUCAGACCAUAGUCAUUUGGAGGGAAUAGGGAAGUCAAACCCAACAACUUACACAAAUUUGGAAAAUCAAGUCUUAAAAGCGGAUGAUAAUUCCAGUUAUCAGAAGCUAGUCAGCUUCUUAAUGCUGAAAUACACUCAUGCAAACACUGAUGAAAAAGUCAGAAAGAGUUUAGCUAUUACUCAGACAGAUCUUGUAUUAAUUGAUGAGAACCAUCAGUGGCCAUUACCAAGGUUACAGGCUUCAUUAGCAGGUGCUAUAAAAAAAAGACAAUUUACUAUUGUCUGGAGAGAGAAAAUCAACAACAUUGGCACACUGUCUUUCAAUGAAUUCAACCCGAAAGAGCUUAAAUUAAGUUUUCUUGAACCAACAGCUUUUGGAAAUCCCUCAACAUGGAUCAUUUCAUUUGAAACUAUGAAAGGUGUUAAGUCAUUUGUUGAUGCAAUACGUGGACCUUGGGAGGCAGAAUUUGGAAUAUCCCUGGAUAUAAGCUCUGUGGCUUUCGCUGAUUCUGAGAACAUUAGUGUCGCUUAAUAGUACAUGUCUAACUUGAUUAUGUUGAAAGCAUGGCAUUAUAUAUAAGGUAUUAAAGCCUUUUACUUACCUAAUUCAUGUGCUGAAUUGUUAGAUAAUUGGGCAACAAAGAUUAACUGCUGCCUGCAACAGUAAAAUAUUCAUUGAAUUUUCUUAAAACUAAGUAAUGUUCAUGUAUAUACAAUGAAUGGUAAUAAAUUAUAAUAUACCAAAUUAUCACAUA